AUGGGCUUGCUGACUAGUUCUACAGCUCCAUUUGCUGGGACCGGGAUGGUGAAGGUGAUCGAUCGUCUGAGUGCCUGGGGUUUGGUGCUCAGUAUUGGUGAGGGUGGCUUCUGGGAAGGAACCGUGAAAGGACGGACCGGUUGGUUCCCGGCAGAAUGCGUUGAGGAAGUGCAGAUGCGACAGUAUGACCCACGGCAAGAAACGAGAGAAGACAGGACAAAGCGUCUCUUCCGACAUUACACUGUGGGUUCAUAUGACAACUUCACCUCCCACAGUGACUACAUCAUCGAGGAGAAGACGGCCGUGCUGCAGAAGAGGGAGCAUGAGGGAUUCGGGUUUGUGUUGCGAGGGGCCAAAGCGGAGACUCCAAUUGAGGAGUUCACCCCGACGCCAGCCUUCCCAGCGCUCCAGUACCUGGAGUCAGUGGAUGUGGAAGGUGUGGCCUGGAAAGCAGGACUUCGCACGGGAGACUUUCUGAUUGAGGUGAAUGGUGUGAAUGUGGUAAAGGUAGGGCACAAGCAAGUGGUGUCGCUGAUCCGGCAGGGGGGAAACCACCUGGUGAUGAAGGUCGUCUCUGUCAGCCGCAAGCCAGAAUCAGAAGAAGUCGUCCGGAAGAAGGAGAAACUGGAUGAGAUCUUGGCAGCAGCUGAGCCCUCGCUGAGAGCAGACAUUGUCGAAGCAGAUUCCAGGGCAGCCACUGUGAAGCAACGACCCACCAGCCGGCGCAUCACGCCAGCGGAGAUCAGUUCACUCUUCGAACGCCAGGGAAUGGCAGCUCACUCGGGAGCUCUCCCGGGGGCUGAGAAACCCCACGUGUCCCUACGCAAAGGAAUUCCCCGGACAAAAUCUGUAGGUGAAGAUGAGAAACUUGCUGCUUCUUUGAUGGAUGGGAAAUUUCCUCGGAGCACGUCAAUGCAAGACACCAUCAGGGAAGGGCACGGAAUCCCACCCCCACCUCAGACGGCUCCGCCCCCUCCUCCGUCUCCAUAUUACUUUGACACAGGCCCUCCCCCAUCCUUCUCCCCACCUCCACCUCCGGGAAGGGUUUAUGAUACCAUAAGAUCGAGCUUUAAGCCAAGCCUGGAGGCCAAACUCCAUGGCCUCCCCCAGGUGAUCAGUGCAGCUGAGAUGUAUGACCAGGCAAGGACUUCUAUCCCGUAUCCUGAAAGGCAAAAGAGAGCCCGAUCCAUGAUAAUCCUGCAGGACUCCUCUCAUCUUCCUGUAGAGCCCACAGAGCUCCCCCGGCCUGGCCCUUCCGCCACGCCCCCGGAGAAGCUGAAAAGGAAAGGGCGAGUGAUUGAUAACCCUUACGCCAACAUGGGCCCGUUCAACGUUAGCCUCUUUGCUCCCACCAAGCCCCAGAGGAAGAAGAGCCCGUUAGUGAAGCAGCUGCAAGUAGAGGACGCUCAGGAAAGAGCAGCGUUAUCCAUCGCAGGAGGCUUUACGCGGGAGCCCUCUCCCACACGCCGGAGCCAUCGCAUGAGUGGCAUAGAGUAUCAGCACCACGCUGGCAUCGCUCAGGUCGACCCCUCGAGCAUCCCCUUUGCCACUGCCAUCGCUGGAGUCAUGAAGGACAGAGAGCGUCGUCUUGAUGAGAGGCGGAAAUCCACUGUCUUCCUCUCGGUUGGGGCCAUUGAAGGGAGCCCCCCCAGCAUUGACAUGCCAUCCCUGCAGCAGUCCAGGUCUAUUGAUGAGCGGUUGUUAGGAAGCCGAGAUGUGCUGCUGCCUUCACCUGUCUCAGCUUUAAAGCCAUUAAUUAGCAGCUCAUCCUCAACAUUCAUCCACCCCCUAACAGGAAAGCCCCUAGAUCCAAACUCACCACUGGCGCUUGCGCUGGCCGCAAGGGAGCGGGCCCUGUCCACUCAAGUCCCAUCCAGGUCGCCCACCCCAAUCCACAGCCCAGAUUCAGACCGAGCAGCACCCCUGUUUGUGGACGUCCAAACCAAAGAACCAGAAAGGGGGGAGCUAGAGGGCCUAGUGUCACCUGCAUAUUCGCCUGGAGCCAAAGGGGCAGUAGGAGCAGCUCCUGGGACUUUGGCCCCUACGAAAAGCCACUGGGGGACUCCAACAACACUGAGAAAAGAGACUGAGACAAGAGCAGAAACACCUGUGAAAGAAGAGAAAAAACACGAAGACAAGAAAUCUAUGAUCAUUAGUAUUAUGGACACAUCACAGCAGAAGACAGCCGGCCUCAUCAUGGUCCAUGCAACAAGUAAUGGCCAAGAGGAGAUAGGACUUGAGAUGAAAGAGGAGAAACCAGAUGUUCCUGAAGCAAGCGUGGAGCCGGCAGAGCUGCCCAAAGCGGAGACUGAGCCCAGCCCUGUGGGAAAGUCUCCGGUUAGCCCAGCGUCUGACAAGACACUUGGUCAAGGAAGUUCAGAGGAGGAAGUGGAGCCCUACACAGUUACCCUCCCACCAGCUCAGCUGUCUUCAAGUGAUGAAGAGACCAGGGAGGAACUGGCCAAGAUUGGGCUGGUGCCUCCACCAGAUGAGUUUGCAAAUGGGGUACUAGUCACCACCCCUGGCACACCAAUCAGCCAACUGGCUAAGCCUAGCACGCCAUCCAUACCAGCGGCAGCAGUAGCACCUUCUACCACUGGUGGAACACCCUCAGGGAAGCCCUCUGAUGCCCCCGUAGCCCCAGAGUCUGCUGCAGACUCAGGAGUAGAAGAGGUGGACACCAGAAGUUCAAGUGACCAUCACCUGGAGACCACAAGCACCAUCUCUACAGUCUCCAGUAUGUCUACAUUGUCCUCUGAAAGCGGGGAGCCUACUGACACAUACACUUCCUUUGCGGAUGGACAAACUUUUAUACUCGAGAAGCCACCAGUGCCUCCAAAGCCAAAACUCAAGUCCCAGCUCAGCAAGGGGCCAGUUACUUUCAGGGACCCACUUUUGAAGCAGUCUUCGGACAGUGAGCUCAUCUCCCAGCAACAUGCGGCUACGCUGGCUUCAGCCAGUGUUGGUCGGCCACGCUACCUCUUUCAGAGAAGAUCCAAGCUAUGGGGGGACCCCAUGGAGAGCAGGCCAGUCCACGGGGCUGAGGAUGACAAACCAACUGUGAUCAGUGAGCUAAGUUCCCGGUUACAACAGCUGAAUAAGGAUACACGAUCACUGGGGGAGGAACCUACCGGGCCCCCUUUAGAUCCUGGGAAGAAGUCACCUGUGAUCGCAGCACGACUUUUCAGUAGUUUAGGAGAACUCAGCACCAUUUCCCAGCGGAGCUCCGGAACCACCUACACAGUUCGACCUGGCAGCCGGUACCCUGUAACCCGACGUACUCCCAGUCCAGUGAAACCUGCCCUGGAUAGGACAGACCCUCUCAGCACCGUGCGGCCCUAUGGAUUGACACCUCCCACCAUCCUCAAAUCUUCCAGCCUCUCCAUCCCGCAUGAGCCCAAGGAGGUGCGCUUUGUGGUGCGGAGCGUGAGUGCCCGGAGCCGCUCCCCAUCCCCCUCGCCCUCUCCCGGGCCCCCCCUGCACACUCUGCACCCACCGCGGCCCUUCAUGCAGAAACCCCUCCACCUGUGGAACAAAUACGAUGUAGGGGACUGGCUGGAAAGCAUCAAUUUGGUGGAGCAUCGAGACAAGUUUGAGGACAAUGAGAUUGAGGGCACACACUUACCUGCCCUCACCAAGGAGGACUUUGUGGAGUUGGGGGUGACACGUGUGGGGCACCGCAUGAACAUUGAGCGAGCACUCAAACAGCUGGUAGACAGUUGACCAUCCUAGGCAGUGCUGGCCUCUUCCAGAGCCAACUUAUGGGGGGAGGGGGGCAUUUCUACUAGACGAAUAAAACCAAUUUGAUUCUCUUUCUAUUCUGACCACUGCACUGAAGGGCGAAGAGCUGAGGAGCGCCCACUCACUCCAUACACCCAGAGCCCCAGGUGUGCACAAACACACACGGACACACGCACAUGCACACACACAAACACAUGCUCAGCCCCCACUCAACCCUGCACCAACCAACACCACCUUUGGGAAAAGGAAUGUUGCAUGAAAUACACCCUCUUUUCUGUACUCCUAAAGAGUCAGGCCUGUAUAUCGCUUGAUGUGCCUUUCCCCAGGGGCGCUGUUGGUGGCAGGAGGGCAGGGGGCCAUGCCCUCGUUGGCCCAUGCUCCCCAGUCUGUGGUAGAACCUUGUUCCCCUGCGUGGAGCCGGCUGUGGAAUGUAUUCUGAUCAAAGGGCUGUGGAGAGGAGGGGGCGUGGUCGGUGUUACUGGUGCAAAUUAGGUACCAUAGCUCAGUUUAGGGUGAUGGGGCUGUCAGCUGUGUUGCAAUGGUUGUCUUGUGACCCAGGAACUGAACUGAUCUGUAUGUGAUACAAGGUGGGCGCUUGUUUGAAUGUCAAUUGAGUCCCCCGUUUCCUGAGCCGCAGCAACCAGAGGCCUAGGCUACAUCCUGCCAAGCUGCCGCUCCCCAGUCCCGCGGGAGUGGCUGCCUGUCUGGUAGGCAGGUCAAGGGUCCUCUGUGAUCAGUGGGGCAGGCGGCUGUGAGACGCCCGGAGGAGCUGCUGAAUAGCAUGGUAGUGGUGAUGGGAGUCUUGGAGAGGCCAAGUGGAGAGUGCAGUGCUGGCACUCACACGGCCCCUGACGCCAGCUCAGAGACUGGUGAGGGCAGGCAGGCACCGAGGUGCAGCAGUGCAGUGGGAGCGGCGUCAGGGGUUCUGGGAGCAGGCAACCUGUUUCCCAAAGCCUGCGCUGGCAUGCGGGCGCCUGACCCCAUUGGUGGGCUCCAGCUCAGACCGGUCCUAGUGGCUGCUGAAGCAAGAAGGGCCAUUCUGAUUGCAUGGCUGGGAAUGCCCCUGCAGGGAGAACCAGAUCUGCUGCCUCUAGCCAAUUGCUGCUUCUGCCCGUGGAGCCCCUUCACCCUAGGCUCCUUCAGCAGCUUCCGCCCCAAAGCGGAGCAAGCCUGUUGCCAUGCAAACAAGAAAACUGGGAUGGCCUUGCCAAGAAAGCCGAGCCUUUGGACUCUGUGUUCCUUUGCCCUAUUGCCCUGGGCUGCCCUGGUGAGAGAGGAAGUGAAGCCGCAUGGAUAGAAGCAUGUUUGGGGAUGGCCAAGGGAGGCUGGUGGGGAAUCAAGCAGAAAGU